AUGAUCAUGACUUUGUCUCUAUCCCUCAUUCUCCCUUUCUUAUUUCUUUGUUGGAUAAUUGGUAGAUACACGGCUGCUAAGCUCAGAAGCAAGCACUCGCUUCCCUUGCCACCAGGUCCAGAUCAGCUACCGAUCUUGGGCGCUGCUCUACAAGUCAAUACCAAUAAUCCGUGGUUGACGUACGGACAGUGGGAAGCCAAGUAUGGGGAGAUUGUCAGCUGCCGCUUCUUCGGCAACCAGGUAGUGAUACUGAACUCUGAAAGAGUUGCGGAUGACCUCCUGGAGCGUCGCUCUCGCAUAUACUCUGAUAGAGCUGAAGUCUCGACAGUCAAUAUGUCCGGAUGGGAUUUUGACUUCGUAUUUGACCGCUAUGGUAACGAUUGGCGUCUGCAUCGGCGACUCUUUCAACAAUCUUUCCGUGAACAAAAAGUUCCAGAUUAUCAGCCAACGCAACGUGCUGCUGCACAUCGCCUGCUGAUUAACAUGAGCAAUAGUCCCGCGGAGAAGUUGUGGGGCCUCCUAUCACUAUGUACUUCGUCUGCAAUUUUGUCUAUAGUGUAUGGCUACGAAGUCAACACCCUCGACGACCCUCUAUUCACUAUUAGCGACAAGGCAAUUGAGACCGGAAUCCCACUUUUGACACCUGAGAAAUCCAUGAUCAUAAAUACAUUUCCCUUUGUCAAAUAUCUCCCGACAUGGUUUCCGGGAACAUCCAUUGUCCGUGAUCUUAUGGUUGCAAAGCAUUGGUCUCGAUUAUAUGUUGACUUUCCUUAUGACUUUACAAUGAAAAAAAUGCUCCGUCUCAGAAGGGUAUCAGCGAUCAAACCCGGCAUUUUCUUGCGUGCUUUCGGAGACGAUAUGAAACAGCGAGGAAAGCGGUCAGAGCAUACCGGCAUACCCCAUGUCUCCGUCGAAGAUGAUGUCUAUGAGGGAUAUUUUAUCCCCAAAGGUUGGUCAAUGUCGCGUGACCCCCGUCGUUAUCCUGAGCCCGAGGCUUUCAAGCCAGAACGAUUCCUAACGAAAGACGGCGAACUAAACGACGAUGACGUGGGGUUCACCUUUGGAUGGGGUCGGCGCAUCUGUCCGGGCCGGUACUCGGCAUCCGCUGCUAUAUGGAUGGCCGUUGCCUCUAUGUUGGCAGCAUACACAUUUGAGAGAGCCAAGGAUGACAACGGUGUAGAGAUUGACCCGAUUCCUGAGUGGAAUGUCGGUGUUACGAGAAACCCAAAACAGCCCCCGCUGCGUGUUGUUCCUAAGUUCAGUCAAUCAAAGCUGGAACAGAUGGUGCAAGAAUGUUGGAGGUUCUGGCGUGAGAAACCAUCGACGCGUUGCAAACGCGUCGCGUCCCUAGCCGAGACCAACGGCCCGACUUUCCCGACAGACCCACCCUUGCCAACGGCGCAGCAGGAUCCAACGUUCGAUAUCCGACUCAGGCCUAAGACACACUCUACAGCGCUUCGAUGA